AAAUAACACGCCAAUUUAACACGACUGUGGCCAACGAAGGGUGAUCGGCUAACACAUGGCAAGUAAUGUCAAGGCUGAGACUUUGGGUACGAGAAUGAAGGCUAACUAGCUACUUAAUCACUGAAAAUUUUUACAAAAACAUGCAGACAGUUCAGUGGUUGUUGACGAAGAGUAAAGAUAGAGGACGUCUAGUAGACUAAAACCCUUUUUUCGACUGUGAUGGGAGAAUGAUUCAAUGAGUUUAUUCGUAUGGUAUUCCUCGCUGAAGAAGGCAUUCUACUCCAUGUCGUCGUACCAGCCAUCUUGUUCGUGACAAGUGUUUAUUCAGGAAGUGUCUGGCCCAGUGGAUGGUAUGGGUUACCUCAGCCUAAGACUGGCUGUCCGUCUAGUUCUGAGUGGGGUAGAGGCUGGUGGUACGAGGACAGAAGACUAAACUGCCAAUCAACAGCAAGGGUGCCCCAAUACUCUCAUCUUAUAGGAACCUUCAACCAGGCCAUCACAAAGAGAUAUUUCUGUAUCAAGAAGAAGGACAAUGGACAGGACAACCCUUGGCCCAAUGGCCAGUAUUGUAUCUAUAAAGGGCUGUUGAGGACUUGUCCACCAGGGUUUGUUCAAGGUUCAAUAGGAUGGAAGAACAAAGAUGCACCCAAUGACAACCACCAUUCUGGUAUGGUACCGUCAGGUGUGUUCUCUACCAGCACUAGAAUUAACUACUGCUGUAAAGUAGAUGGGUCAAAAGAGAACAGCAUUUCUUUACCAGUAAACAGACCGUUUCUUCUCUUGGCUUACAAUUCAAGUGAAUGUCAGUCUGUUAAGUGGGCAAGAACAACACAAGAAUAUCUACGAUUUUCUGUUCAGGAGAAAAUGACAUUCCGAGGGUUUCAUCCUUUUGUAGAUGACAACUACGCUCUAAGAUACUGCUACUAUGAAAACAGUAACAAGACUCUGACCGCAAGCCAAGGAACCAUCUCACGAUAUCUGAACCAAACAUCUGUCCACAAAGAACGACACACCGCAUGGUGCAUCAAACCUUAUCCACCCCUUUCAUUUCAAUUCUUGUUUGUACGUUUCACUCGAUUCACCUUUCAUGCCAGUAACAUCAACAACUACCUAGAGGUGUUGGAUGGAUGUAACGAGUCUGCUCCCUCGCUGGGGAGAUUCUCUAGUACCCAGUCUCCUCUAGGUCGGAGUAUUAAGUCAUCAACCAAUCAGGUCUUUGUUAUUUUACAAUUUGGUGACAGAAAUGGGACGUACGAUUUUGAGUUCGACUAUCACAUCAUACCCAAGGUGACAACUGCUGCAACAACACUCCCGUUGACAUCAUCGUCACCUUAUGCUUUACCAUCUAGCAUAACAUCACAACCAUAUACGUCAUCUGAUAAUGUGACGUCACCACCAACUACAACCCCGAAAUAUUUACGUUACCAUGACAAUAACGAGAAAAGAAAGUUAGUGUUGUCCAUCACGCUGCCUAUUGUAGGACUUGUUGUGGUCUUGUUGGUGUUGUCAGUGUGGUUAAUAAGAGGAAGGCGAAGAAGGAGGAGGUACUCAAGGAUGGAGGUCAGUGUUUAUGAGAGUGAACACGAGUUAGAAGAUGAUAUGGACGGGUACUUUGAAGAAAUCCAGUUAUCUACAAAUUGUAGUUUGCUACAGCUAACAGGUCAACAGGAGCCAGGGACUAUAUCAAAUCAAGCAAGUAACGAGAGUUUGACCUCGGAGCAGGAGCUGUUUAUCAGACACCAACAUCACGAUCCCGAAACAGAAUCUCGUUAUAUGGAUCCUAGUACCAGUACCUCUGAGACAAAUCAAUACGAGUUAGAUCCAGCCCCCUUUCUUCCUUAUUACGUACUGGAUAACGACCUACUGGCAAAUGAUAUUAAAGAAACAGAGUUAUAAGAAGCUGAAAGAAUAGAAUUGACGAGACUAUUACAAGAAAACCAGGACGAGUAAAGUAAUAUUACUUGGCCAGCGGUUGAAUGAAUACUGAGCAUGCGUAUGUGAUAAUCCAUUUCUUGUACAAAGAGCAAGAGCUGUUGGAAUAACGAAACCGAGGAACACUUGCUUUUUUCAGGUUCGUUCUAGAGAAGUCAUCUCAAGAAAAGAACCAAAGAUCGAAUCUACGCCGUGAUAAAAAUAACUGAUUAAUUUAAAAUAUAUAUUUAUUUUGGAUGGUAAAUAUUUCGAUUGACCAGGGGUAAAUUAUUAGUUUAUUAUAUUUAUUAUUAUUAAAAUAUUAAUUAUUAAAUAGAUAGAUGAUCUUUAUAUUAAAAAAUUAAAGCUAUAGUUGUUUAGUUAUUAGUUUUUGUAGUUUGAAAA